AUGCUUACCAAAAGUUCAAAAGUUGAUAAUCAAACUGUAGUGGAAACUGAAUGGAGGACAUGGACAAGAUUUGAAGGGCAGUGCAUUCAAGGUAUCCCAACGUUUUUCACUGGAGGUCCUGUUUGGGCAAUAUCAUGGUUACCAAUUCCCACUCUGUUGGGGCUCCAAGAAGAUGUAUCUGAGUUUUUAGCCAUUAGUACUCACUUAUCUAUGGACAAAGAAUACUUGAUUAAACAGACUUACUCUGGAAAAAACAUCAUACAAAUUUGGGACGUGAAAAAUCUAAGAAGUAAAAACUUGAGGAAUCCAGAAUUGGCAUAUGCCAUUGUACACGAAGGCGGAACAAUUUGGUGCCUAGAAUGGUGUCCAUCGGGAUGUUAUGAACUUGCGAGUUUACUCUCUGAACGUUCUGUAGCUGAUGGGCCAAAAAGAAUGGGUUUAUUAGCUGGAGCUUGUUCUGAUGGCUGUGUCAGAAUAUAUUCACUUGUAUUUCCUAAACAUCUGGUAAAAUCCAAUACAAAGGAUCCGAAUGAUGUUCAAAAUACUGAAAAUAAGUAUCCACUUUACGAUACAAAGCCUGUGUUGGUAUUAAUUGUGCAUAGACAAAUGUACAUCGAUAAUAAGCAAACUUGGCAUGUUACAAAGAUAUCUUGGACUAAAGAAAAAGGACACAACAUUAUAGCUGGUGGUUUUUCUAAUGGGUAUGUGGGUCUGUGGGAUCUAUCAUUAAAAUCACCGUUAUCCAAAUUUGAAAAGGAUGAUAUAACUUUUCUCAUGCCUUUUAGGCACUUUUUUGCUCACCAGCAGGUGGUAACAAUGGUGUACCUCAUUCCUGUGGGAGACAAGCGAUUUUUAGCAACUGCGGGUAUGGAUAGAUACUACAAAUUUUGGGACUUGGAAGACGUAUCCAAUCCCAAAAAUUAUAUUAAAAAAAGUUUUAUAACUGAUGGAUCAUGGCUGGAUAACUGGUUUUGUGCUUUCAUUACUGGGGAUGAUGCACUUAAACUAAACCGUAAUUUUGUGUAUUGUCUGCCUAUCAGAGAUUACACCUAUAAAUAUUACGACGUGCUUCCAAUGAAUAGUACAAGUUACUCAAUCUCGGCUAAUAACUUUGGAAACAGUGUUGCAAGUGGCACUCUUGCCGGUGAAGUCGUGGCAAUGUUUCCCCAUCAAUUGAUAAACCUCGAAAAUAUGAGAAAAAUCUUGCACCAAAAACGUCAUACGAGUAUUUUUUCGUCAAUAGACGUUGUCGAUUUUCAAGAAAACGAGCAGUCUAGUGGCCAACAACAGGUGAACGGAGAUGAAACAACAAAUUCAAAAACUAAAAAUAAAAUAUACACUUACAUGCCAUCUACGUACGUUGAAUCAGAAAAACGCUUUGGAUUGACGUUUCGUGACAAAGUGGGUGUAAGUACCAAUAUUUAA